UAAGCAGGAAGUAUCCGGAGACGGGGUUUCGUUUCGUUUUGUUUACUGUCUCCGCGUCGCUUGUUCUCGGCUGUCGCUGGGGCGGCCGGCGGCGGCAGCAGCAGCAUGGACAGGAAGAAGAAGCCGCUGGAUGUUACGGUUUCCUCGCUCAUAGACUUGAAAGCUGAACUUUUCCGAAAACAGGAAGAAUUCAAAAAAGAAAAACUUCUGAAAGAUGCUGGAGUCCCUGUAAAAGCUAAAGCAACAAACAAGAAGCCAAGCAUUUGGACUAAACAGAAUAAAGGUGUUUCAGAUCGAUCUGAGAAAGAUGCUGAACAAAAGAUAGAAGAGCAACAAACAUUGGACAAAUCAAGGCAGAAACUAGAAGAGAAAGCACAGCUCUAUGAGAAGAUGACAAAAGGAGACUUUCCAGAUGAAGAAACUGAGGAUUUGUACCUUGUGGAUUUCACCCAGAAGAUUAUAGACAAACGGCGAGAAGUACAGGAGCUGUGUGCAAAUGAAGCUGCUAGAAAGGCAGCAGAGAAGGCAAACAGGGAAGAAGAGAGACUUUCUGAAGCAGAAAUUCCACCUCCUCAGGACCCCACUGAAGAAUGGGUAGAUUAUGUGGAUUCCUUGGGCCGUUCUAGACGCUGUAUGAAGAAAGAUUUGCCACAUCUGCUUCAAAUGGAUAAAGAGCUUCAGGGGGAGAGGCAAAUGACAGAAGAGAAGACUUUGUUGUCUGAAGAUAUGAGAAAGGAGCUUCAGCGUCAGCAGUGGGAAAGGGAAGAAGAAGAAGCCCUAAAGAAACCUAUGGGACCAAUGCAUUAUGAGGACAUUAGAGAAAAUGAGGCCAGACAGCUUGGUGUUGGUUACUUUGCCUUUGCCCGUGAUCAAGCUUUGAGGAGAAAGCAAAUGGAAACCUUAGAAAUGCUAAGAGAACAGACUACAGACCAGAGAGCAAAACGUGAACAUUUAGCAGAGAAACGUAAGGCUGUUCUGGAAGCCAGGCUGUCCAAGCUUCGAGCGAAAAAGCGAUUGAAAGAAGGUGACACAAAGGAAAAUGGAGCAGAAGAAGUUGCUAUGCCAGCAGCAGCUGAAUCCAAGCUCAUUGAAGUGCCAAGGGUUUCUGCAGAAAACAGAAAAGUGGAAGUGAUCAUUCAGGAAAGGAAAGAUACAAAGCCGGGCGUGCCCUAUGUCCGAGAGUGGGAUAGAGGCAAAGAAUUCACUUUUGGACUGUGGUCAAAGAAGCAGGAAGAUCUCAGAAAUGAACGAGACCCAGAAUUUGCACCUCCCUCUGCUUAUUUUAUGGGUCAAAAGAGAACGCAUGACUAUAGAACCCAGAAUUGGAACAAGCCUGGAACCUCAUAUGCAAAAACAGAAACCCUGACAAGAAACCUGCCAUCCCCAUCAACUGAACCUUACAGUAGCAGCUCGCAGAGCAAUCCGUUUCCCCCCACUCAGGAACAUGACAGUGAACUGCAAAAUCAGCAGCCGGCUUACCAAACUUUAGAUGACAUGCUGUCAUACUAUAAACAAGUAACAUGAGCUUUAGAUGUUUUGAGAUUAAUCAGAAAACAGUGGGAUUCUCAGUUUUCAUUUUGUUUUAAAGCUCAAGAGAAAAGGUGUCUUGGUAGGUUAGGUAUCACAUGCCUUUUGUCAUGUAUGCAUCUUGCUGCAGCCCUUGUGCUACUUCUGUCCCCACUAGAAUUAAAGGUUUCUGUUUCUAAAGGUUA